GAUCCAUAUGGUUGGCUAAAAGAUCCAUUCAAUGUGGAAAUAAAGUAAAAAAAAAUAUGAGAUGAGCAUACAAAGAAGUAACACGCAGCAGUCACACAAACACUUCCUUCAUGCUCACACAGGAAGGGAGUUGACAUAUCAAACUUGUGUUGGGCAGCAGUGAUCUUCUGUUGUCUACUGUUAAUGAAACUGCAGUUUCACCAUGACGUUUGUGAACACAUCGUGUCUGGUGGGGAACUGCUCCUGUCCCACUCACACGGAUGUCUGGGAAACAACUAUAAACAAGCUCUACACAUACGUUUAUCUGAUUAUAUUCAUCCCAGGCCUGCUGUGCAACACCCUGGCUCUUUGGGUGCUGUGUCGGUUCAUAAGCAAAAAGACCAAAGCCAUCAUCUUCAUGAUUAAUCUAACCAUAGCUGACCUGGCUCACGUGCUGUCGCUGCCUCUACGGAUUCACUACUACAUCACACAAGACUGGCCUUUCGGCAACAUGUUAUGUAUGCUGUGUUUUUACCUGAAAUACCUUAACAUGUACGCUAGCAUCGCAUUUCUGGUCUGUAUUAGCAUUCAGCGCUGUGCUUUUCUCCUGCGGCCAUUCUGUGCCAGGAAGUGGAAGUCUCGCUACGAUGUCUGCAUCAGCGCUGCAGUCUGGGUGAUCGUGGGUCUCGGCUGCUCACCUUUCAUUUUAAUGAGGAGCAAAUCAAAUUCUGGAAAUAACAGCACUACCUGCUUUAAAGACCUGCCAAUGCGUAAACUGGAUUUACGCUCAGCCAUUUCCAUGAUGGUUGCUGCUGAACUCUUGGGAUUUCUUGGUCCGUUAAUUAUCACUGGUUUCUGUACUUACUUAAUAGUGAACUCCAUCAGACAGAGGAACCAAAAUCAGCAGUUCACUGGUAAAACGAGUAAGGCUUUGCGCAUGGUUAGGGUGUGCACAGGGGUCUUCCUCUUCUGUUUCGCCCCCUACCACAUCAGCUUCCUGCUGUACCUGAUGGUGAGCCAAAGCAUUAUAACAAACUGUGCAGUAAGUCAGGCCAUUAGACAAUUUCACCCCAUUUCUCUCUGCGUAGCAAGCCUGAACUGCUGCCUCAACCCUCUCAUCUACUACUUCCUAACCACAGAGUUCAAGCAGCAGCUGUCUCAGCAUGGCAGCUCUGUGCUCAGGGGCCGUCUGAUGAGCAUGGAGAGCACAUCUUCCUUUAGGGAAUGAGUGAUGUGCAUGCACUUCAUCGACAGAGCAUUAUGAUAAAGAAUCCUAAAUGUGCUAUAAACAUUGAAGUCAUGUAUUGUGCAAAUCUUGCCUUCAGACAGUGUAAAACCUAAAUCCAUUAUUAGUCUCGCUUAGCCAGAGCUUCAGACUGACAGCAGAAGCUCUGUGAACCUUGGGCACUUUGAAUGGCUAAGGCCCACUCAAGAGGCCAAAUGAUUGACAGAUAAAGCAACCAUUUGUGCCAAGUCAUGUUCAGGUGCAUGGAAAUGUCCCCACAAUAACAGACCAGUGUAUGUAAAACUCUUGGAACUAUUUUAAAGUUUCUAUGCCGUGAACUUAAAAUAUUCCACAUACUUUUGAAAAUCCAGUGUUCAGCUGAUCCUGAUAAGCGCUCGUCGUAACAGCUGUAAACAGUUGUAAAGCUUACAGUAUAAACUGAAAAGUUAUUUCCAGCAAGUAUUGUUUUUACCAAAACCACUGCCUACCAUGGCAUAGUUGAAGUAGCGGAAGUUUAACAAAGACUGCCGUCAAAGACAGACUAAUUUAAAUGGAAGAAAAAAGUAACUUUCGGUAACGCUUUCUAUGAAGCCCAUAUUUAUAUGCUUAAGGCAUUAUAUUGAAUGCAUAACCCAUUAUAUAAAAAAAAAAACAAAAAAAAAAAAAACGUAUAAUAUGUUAUAUUAACUCAUGAAUAAUCAUAACAACAAUUAUAAUACAUUAUAAUACUUAUGUAUUUCCGGUUAUAAGUUUAAGAGUAUGAUUAUGUAUAACACACAAUGAACACCAUAUUAAAUCUACUUCAUGUACAGUAUAAUGGACUGUAUCAUAUCUUGACAUUGUUUAAGAUCUGCACAGUAUCUCACUACAGCUUGUGAGUGGUUAGAUGUUGUGUUAUUUGAUUGUUUCCUGUGGAGAUAAUGUUAAUUAAUUGAUGUGAGCUUAAUACUCCAACUGAAAAAACAAACAGUGUUUUAUAUGGUUAGAUUUUAUUUUGAUUGUCCCCUUAAUCGAUCGACUAUAAGCAACUUUGCAACUACAUGCCAACUAACUCUCAUUAGAGUAUCAGUAUGCUCAAGAAUGAUAUAAUCUAGUAUGGUAGAAUAAGUUGACAUACACAGUACUUGCAUAGACAUUUAUAUUCAGUUUAUCUGUUGUUUGACCGUCAAAAUAAAGUGUUAGCAUAUAUUUACAGUAGCAGACAUACUAAUACUCUAAUGAACACUAGUGGACAUGCGGACAUGUAGCUGCAGAGUUAUUGAUCAACAGCUGUCUGAAGUGUCCCAUCAAAAUAAUCCAACUCAUAUUACAGUAAAAAAAAAAAAAAAAAAGUUACAAGCAAAUGUGUCAUAUUACACAUUCAUCUGAUCUGAUAUCUGAUCUUAUGGCUGUUUGAGAGAGAGAAAAAAAUUAUUAUUAUUAUUAUUACUACUUAUAAGUGGACUUUGACCGCUUUAAGUAAAGUAGCAUCAGAAAAAUGGCAAGACAUGAGACUUAUAAUACAUUAUAUCUAUGAAAAGUUUUAUCCGUUGUAAAAUUUGAUGCAACAUGUUCAUUGUGUUAUAAAUCAUCAUACUCUUAAAAGCCAUAACCACAAAUAAGUAAAUAUUAUAAUAUAUAAAAACUGUUCUUCUGAAUACUCAUUAGAUGAUACAACAUAAGUUUUAUAUAUAUAUAUAUAUAUAUAUAUAUAUAUAUAUAUAUAUAUAUAUAUAUAUAUAAUGCAUUAUGCAUUCAUUAUAAUGCCCUAAGAAAACCCUUAUAAUGUAUUGUAAAUACAGGCUUCAUAGAAAGUGUUACCAAACUUUCUAUUGACUGCAUGACAUAUUUGUAUAAUGCAGAUGCAGGAUGAAUGUCUCUCAAAUGAGUGUCUCUCUCAACACGCUGGGAGUGAAAAGGCAAAACUCAACUUUGGUUUAAUUGAACUGACUGGGCCAACUAAACACAAAGUCUACUAUAAGAUUAAACAGAAAAAGAAAUCAACACAACUGCAUAGACAUAAAUCUGUGGACAUUUGAGGCUGAGAAAGGACAAACCAAAACUUCCAAAAGCAAUAUAAAAAUGGAAAUUCUGUUUUCACGCUGUUUUUUUGUAAUUUUUGUUUCAUUUGCUUUUGUAUUAUUGUAUUGUACUCAGAACAAAGGAGAUUAAAUAUGUUCAGAAUGCUUAUGUUUAGUAAAUGACAUUAAGUAUGUUUUAUAAUGCUCAGUAUAAUACCUUUAUGAUUUACAGUUUAAUAAAAAUAAUAAUUCAGCA